CGAAGAUCAGAGAAAGACUAUUGGUUAGUAAUAAUGCUCGCUUGACCUUAAACUAAAGGGUAACUCAAGAUCCGACAAUCACUCCCCAAGCAGAAAAUUGUUGGAGGAUAAAGUGAAGUGGGUGGGUGACUUUAAGAUCUGCCGAGGCGGAGUGCUAAGAUAAGCUAAAUGCGGGUUUUUCCAAGACCAUCGAACUACUCACCCACAAACGUCAGUCUGUCUACAAGAAAGCAAAGACUACUGUAUGGGAACUUGAUGAUUCACAAUUCUCAAUUAUCACAAGCUAUGCUGCAGAACGAAUGGCACGCUCAACACACAAAUGGCAGAUAUGGGGUUAUUAUGCACAAUGUAGAUGCAACAAGUGACAGAGAAGGAAAGAAAAGGGGGUAUGCGCACAGGGGUAUGAGGCAACGAUUGGGGAUCAAUAUUAAAGUAUACAUGUGGCCAGCACAGUACUGCACAGGAGCAGAACAAAACAGGGUAGGUGGAAACAGUGGACACAGAAGGGUAAAUAAACGAGAAGUAUGUAGAAGAAAAGAGAUGAAAAAGGAGAAUGUUUGGGAGAGGGGAAUAGGGUACACGAAAACAAGCGACUGGACCAAGUCUGGUGGUCCGAGCCGGCCAUUCGCAAUCGAGUUGAGGAUGUUUGUGUUUGUCAGAGAGAGUAGAAGUAAGAGGGGAAUGAGAGAGAAAGGAAAUCAACCCAAAAUCACCAGUGCCUCAGUGUAGAGUCAUCAUGCACGCGCUCUAUAAUUUUGGUCCAACCGUGGACUCCCAAAUGUUGUGCGCCCAAGUUCCUUUGCCGCCGGUCUAAUGCUUCGCCAAAAUUGGUGCCUCGAAGUCGCAUUUCGGGAGAAUCGACUCCAAGGACCGCUCAAAAAUAAAAAUAAUCCAUGCACC